ACCGACUGUAGCUUCCCCUCACUUAAGACAGCAAUAGAUCGAAAAUGGCGUCUUCGAUUUUCUUACCAACUUCACGCAGUCGACUUUUACAAUUCUCGUGAAAAUUGAAAUUUUGUGACGAUGGCGUGAAAUUUCGUUCUAGAAAUCAUUCAAAAACGAGACGUUGGCGUGCCUGUGUCCUCCUGCAUCGUUUGUGGCCCAUCUAAAGUGUGUUGAAAAGCAGAAAGUGAUUUUGAAAAUUUCGUGACAGGCAAAGUGUUUGGAUCUGCGGUUGUCAGUUGUAAAAGUAAUAAUUUCGGUUUCGAAACGCGGCGCCGUAUUUUAUGAUAUCUCUGAGCGCUCUCAUAACGAAGUACACGUUCAAUAUAAUGAGCAAUUUAAAUGGAAACCUCGGAAAUAACAAUAACGGCGGAAAUGUAGCUGGCGGGGGCGGCGGUGGCGGUGGAGGAAAUCAGAAUCUCGCCGCCGAAGGAAGCAUCGAGCGGGGAAGCUGCCUGCUUAUGCGUUACGCUAGCCAGAACUCUCUAGAUGAGAGCUCUCAAAAACAUAUAACUCGUCCAAGCGGGAAGGAUCCGAGCUCAGGAUUGUAUCGAAAUGACCAGCAUACCUCGCGAUCCUUCGAAUCAAUGAAUGAAAUGCGAAAGGAAAACUUACUUUGCGAUGUAACACUCGUUGCCGAAGACAUGGAAAUUUCUGCCCACAAAAUGGUUUUGGCGUCUUGCAGUCCAUAUUUCUAUGCAAUGUUUACAAGUUUUGAAGAAUCACGUCAAGAUCGAAUAACAUUACAAGGUGUCGACUUUCACGCAUUGGAACUUUUAAUUGAGUACGUUUACACGUCUGAAGUGGAAGUGAAUGAAGACGAUGUGCAAUCACUGUUGACUGCAGCCAAUCUGCUUCAACUGACUGAUGUUCGAGACGCUUGCUGUGACUACCUCCAAUCACAAUUGGAUGCUAGCAAUUGUUUAGGAAUCCGAGAGUUUGCUGAUAUUCAUGGGUGUAUUGAUCUAUUCAAUUAUGCAGACACAUAUAUUGAGCAACACUUCAACGACGUAAUAAAAUUCGACGAAUUUCUCAGUCUUUCCCACGAACAAGUUGUCAAUCUUAUAAAAAACGACCGAAUCUGCGUGCCAAGCGAAGAAAAAGUCUAUGAAAGUGUCAUUGCCUGGAUUCGGUACGAUCCACUAGUCCGCGAGCAAUAUCUGUCUGAUCUGAUGGAGCAUGUUCGACUGCCAUUUCUAUCGAAAGAAUAUCUCACACAAAAAGUCGACAAGGAGGCAUUAUUUGAAGGGAAUAUUAAAUGUAAAAAUCUAAUAAUUGAAGCACUUACUUAUCACCUGUUGCCUAAUGAAACAAAAAGUGCCCGCACAGUUCCACGACAACCAAUAGGACUGCCUAAAAUCCUUCUGGUGAUUGGAGGGCAGGCACCCAAAGCUAUUCGGUCAGUUGAAUGUUAUGACUUGAGAGAUGAACGCUGGUAUCAAGUGGCCGAGAUGCCUAAUCGAAGAUGUCGCGCUGGUCUAGCAGUUUUGGGAGAUAAAGUGUAUGCAGUGGGUGGAUUUAAUGGCUCGCUCCGAGUGCGAACGGUUGAUGUUUAUGAUCCCGCCUCUGAUAGCUGGUCCACCUGUAACAGUAUGGAAGCAAGGCGAUCCACUUUAGGAGUGGCCGUUCUGAAUGGUUGUAUCUACGCUGUCGGAGGAUUUGAUGGUUCGACAGGCCUAAGCAGUGCGGAGAUGUUUGACCCCAAAACACAAGAAUGGCGAAUGAUUGCUUCAAUGUCCACGCGAAGAAGUUCAGUUGGGGUUGGAGUUGUAAAUAAUCUCCUCUAUGCAGUUGGGGGUUACGAUGGCUCCUCACGGCAAUGCCUAGCCACAGUGGAACGCUACAACUCGGAAACAGACACAUGGAGUCAAGUGGCUGAAAUGACGGCAAGACGAAGUGGCGCCGGUGUUGGGGUAUUGAACAACAUUCUAUACGCCGUCGGUGGUCAUGACGGGCCUCUCGUACGAAAAUCUGUUGAAGCCUACGAUCCAGAGACAAAUAAAUGGCAUUCGGUAGCGGACAUGUCAUUCUGUCGACGUAAUGCAGGCGUCGUGGCCCAUGCAGGCAUGCUAUAUGUGAUAGGAGGCGAUGAUGGUACUUCAAACUUAUCGUCAGUUGAAGUUUACAGUCCAGAUACGGAUUCAUGGCGAAUUCUUCCUGCCGCUAUGGGCAUUGGUCGCAGUUACGCUGGCGUAUGCAUAGUAGAUAGGCCCAUGUGAAUGGAACAGCAGGGUGCGGUGGCACGGCAAGCACCAACAGCAAAUGCAGACGACGAGAAUAGCCAAGCAGAAGGAACAGCCGAAGGUGCCGUAGGCUAUUCUCGACCCACACAAGAUAAUUGCACAAACCAACAACAGCAAGCAGCUGCAAAUGGAGCGGGUGGACAAAAUGUGGUGAACAAUCCACAUUACGAAAACAUCUACGAAUCCAUUGAACAGUACAAUGCUGCCGCUGCUGCCAAUAAUGAUGUCGUCGCAAAUGUUGUUGGCGCUGGCAAUGCUGCCGGCCCUGCUGAUAAUAGUAAUGGACCCUCUGCUGCAGUUGCAAAUGCCCCACAUCCGCAGAAUCAACAGCAACAAAACAGCCGAGCGCAAAAUUCAAAUAUAAAUUAUCGUAACGAUCUCUACGAUCGCGCCAAUAAUUUCGCAUAUGAUGUGCCACGAUCCGUGCGGAGUAGUUUAGGAAUGCGUCGUAAUAAUUUGCAGUUGGAUCUAAAUACAAACAGGAUUCGUUGUAGCGGAACACGAGGCGGUGAAAAUUUGAACGGUAUUUCUGGAUACGGACCGCACCGCCAAAGAAGUUUCGACGACACGGAAUCCUAUCAUUAUUAUAAUCUCAAUAGUAACGUUGGUGGGGCUUAUGGAUCGACGCGGUAUGAAAAUAUUUACGAGCAAAUACGCGAUGAACCAAUUUAUCGGAAUACGACGGGUGGUGCGGGGAACUCUCGAAUGUAUGGAAGACUGGAUGUUAUUGGACAUGGUAUAGGACGAAUUGAAAGGCACUUGAGCUCAUCGUGUGGGAAUAUCGAUCACUACAACUUGGGAGGGCACUAUGCAGUUUUAGGGCACUCUCACUUUGGAACGGUUGGGCACAUCAGACUGAAUGCAUCCAAUACAAGCAACAAUGCCCAUGCGCGGGAUAAUGCAGGAGUAAAGUCUAGCAAUUCUUCCUUUUUUAGUUGCUUGGGAGGGGAAAAUUCCCAGUCGAUGAGCAAUAUAUAUCGCGCUGCGUCAAGCAAUGGAGGUCAACCUUUUCAACAAACGAAUAGCACCCGGUCAAAUUUUAGCAGUGCCGCGGCCGGAAACUCUUCCUCAAAAUGCACAGGCGCUAUCCCAAAAGCUAAAACAAAGCAGUCCCAAACUCAGUCCUCCUCUAGUAAAGCAACUUCUGCAGCAAAUAACAGUAGUCCAGAACAUUCAAGUACACUAAAUCGAAUUUCAAAAUCGUCUCUGCAAUGGCUGCUCAUGAACAAGUGGCUCCCACUUUGGAUAGGACAAGGACCUGAUUGCAAAAUCAUUGAUUUCAAUUUCAUGUUUUCUCGGAACUGCGACAGUUGCGACCAGACCUCAUCCUCCAACACAUCAUCUUCUCAGCGAAGAGAUCUUGUCCGCUUCAAUGGGCGAGCUGAAAUGCAUACCCGACGUGAUCCAAGUGGUCGACCCCUUCGUAGUACACUGACAAGAUUGCGUGAAUCUGAAUGUCCAUCUGCGCGCCGCUGCUUCGAAGAAAACAAUUACGAAAAUGUUCAUGUUCAAUUCCAAAACGGAUUUGAAUUUGGCAGAUCACGAGAUAUGUAUGAAUCCGGUCGAUCGACCCUUCCACAUCGUGCUCGUUCGGAAAGUCCAAAUUUCGCCGACCGAGUAUGCACCCAGCGGCACAAUUCUUUAUGCUCCACAAAAUACUCUGAUCCUUUUAAAAAUUACGAACUCAACACCGAAAAUAACUCUUUCAAACCACGAACUGUACCGAAGAAGAUGCGAAGAAUUGCUUUGCAACAUGAGGCAUCGAACGAGACUUCAACCAGUACAUCAUCGAGUCCAACGAGUCGGGACGAACCUGGGCCUUCGGGUAUUGUGUUCCGAUCAAAUGGCAGAAGGAAGAUUUCCUGCAUCAAAGGGAAAAGGCUGCCGCCCGUAGAACCAGUAUUAAAUGCUGCCAGUGUUGAUAGCAACGACGAAGACUUACAAGCAAACUUGGGCAACUCGGCAAUCGUCGAUGCGACAGAGGACGAUCAAGGGGCGGAGGCGAUUGCAGCCGCUAUGAACAGCGGACCAACUGGCAGUGAAUCAGUGAGUGGAGAAAUGACUGAUGAACGCAACAACAGCAGUGGUGACGGAUUUGACGAGGCCGAAGGCAACUCCAGCAACGAACGCUAAAGCCAAAUGAACACUACAUUUUUUUAAAGCAAAUUCUUAUUUUAUGUGUUGGAAAAUUCAGUAGAGGUGUUUUUACGCAGAUGUACAUUACGCUCAAAACUUUCAAUACGAACUUGUUAUGCGUCAAAAUCAAUGUAGAAUGCAUGUUGCCGCAAUAAGUUUAUAAGUUGCAUCGUCCUGCGGCUGACAAAACUAUAUCAUACUAACUUUCGCACCCUCAUAACUCGCAUCGUGGACUAUUGGGGUCUCACUUCCCCAUCAAUUUCUCGCUCUCUGUAUUUCUCCCCAUUCCAUGAUGCUCUUUAACACUUGCUCGUUGCUGCUAACUCAUUCAGGACUUUUUUACUCACAUAUUCAAGUUGCACUCAACACUCCUCAAGGCAAUCUGUACUCGAAUAGAACAAAUGAAAACUUAGCAUUAGACAUUCAGGACAAGUCCAAACACGAAGCCAAUUUAUUAUGAUAAGGAUAAUAUCGUCGCAUUCUCAUGUGUAACGGAAAAAUGUUUAUCUAAUACUAAAAAUUAUCAACUCAUUACUGUGUAGAUUUGUAAAGUAAGUCGUUCCCUUAGUUUUUAAAUAUAUAUUUACUACUUGUUUCGAGCCGUUUGUUUGUAUACUUGCUUUAUGUUCACCCUGUAAAUAAUAAGAUACUCGUUCAGUAUUUUCGUUUCGAUUCUUUUGAAUUGGAUUGGUCGAAAGCAUGAAAAUCAAAUAUGAAAUGUUUCUUUUUGGGAAUCUUUAAUCUAUCGAAUUUCUUGUGAUGAUAUGAAUACAAAAUACAAAAUUGUAAGACAUUUUAAAUUGUAAAUUUUACUAAAUGUGUUGUGAUUUGGUUAGAAAAACAAUAAAAGUAUAUUAAGUGAAA